AUGCGUUCCACAGAUAUUGAUUAUGACAGCCCAACGACGCCUAAUGGCGAUUCGGGCAAAUUCCCAGAAAUCAGUAGCAACGGGCUUGGCGUAGCCAAAUCUUACGACUUUGUGUUUGACAGAGAAGAUGGAGAUGUCGAGCUUCAGGCAAGUGGGCAACGUCUUCUUAUAGAAUCGCGCGAAUUUGAGCAUUACGUUCUGGCGGGGCUUGUCCGAGAUAGUACUGAGUCGUCUAGACGGGCUUCAACUAUCGGUCAGAUACAAUUACCACGAGUGACUGUAAAAUGCGACGCACAGCUGGUUGGGGAUUUCAAUAACACACUCAAGAUCCUAUACGCAUCAGUGAUCGAAGGCCCAUUCGACUUUGAUACUGCUACUUUGAUAUCGGCUCUUCGCGUUUCCACAGUUUACGAAUACGAUGCACUCCGUCAAUUUAGCAUAUCAAAACUCCAACAAGCCGAGUUGUCCGCUAUCCAGCGUAUCAAGAUUGCUCAAGAACUGGACGUAGUACAUUGGACAGAGCCAGCGUUUGAAGAACUGGCCAACAGGGUGGAACCAAUCGAGCCGGAGGAAGCUCGUAUCCUCGGUAUUGAUGCACUUUUACGUGUAUCCAACAUGAGGGAACAACGAAGGACGCGCCGGGCCGAUGAUGACGAAAAUACACUUGUGUCGGAUACGGAUACUUUGAUGGGUGUCCAGCCAGGAAAGUCCAGGGUGCAACUACCAUGUAAUGACGACUCGGACGAGCUUGAUGCUGACGAAGAUACUGUCUAUCAUUUUCCCAACUCGGACGACGAUAUGCUUGGCGAAAAAGCCAAAACUGCAUGGUUGGAGUGGCAAUGCCCGGCCUACGAGUUCAUGUUCCCAAGAAAUCGAGGCGCCAACGACUCGAAGUAA